AUGCCUGAAGGCAAAGUAAAAGACUUAAUUAAAAGGAGGGCCUCAAUAAAGGCCAAAAUAACACAAUUCUCUACGUAUUUGGAUGUCCUACGGGGUUGUGAUUAUCUCAAUGAUGUGCAAUUCUCGGAACUCCAAGUACGUCUUGAGAAAUUCGAAACCUUAUACGGGGACUUCGACACUUUUCAGAGUGAGAUCGAGAUGCUGUCAGACGCGCCGGAAGACCAUUAUAAGGAUCGUGAGUCCAUUGAGUCGCAGUACUACAAGCUUGUGGCUUCUGCGCGUACGCUGUUGGAUCAACGCAAAAAUAAUGACGGUAGGUCCGAGGUAAGCUCUGAAAAUGGCAUGAAGAAUACCACCGUGUUAAGUCAAAAGCCAAACUAUAUUAAGUUGCCAAAGAUUGAUAUACCCCACUUUGACGGUUGCUACCAGCACUGGCUUGAAUUUCGAGACACUUAUAUUUCUUUGGUUCAUGAAAACGAUACUCUCGACAGUAUUAAUAAAUAUCACUAUUUAAGAGCUUCUCUUCAUGGAAGCGCUGCUUUAGUAAUCAAAAGCUUAGACUUUAAAGCAGAUAACUACUCUUCCGCGUGGACUCUCCUCUGUGAGCGUUAUGACAAUAAACGCUUACUUGUCAACAAUCACGUCCAAACUCUUUUUAAUGUUGACGUCAUACAAAAAGAAUGCAGUAAGAGUUUACGACACAUUGUAGAUGUAACCAACAAAAAUCUUAGAGCCUUAGCCACAUUGGAUCAACCUGUCGAACAUUGGGACACUUUGGUGAUUCAUAUGAUGGCGUCUAAAUUGGACAGCAUCACUAGUAGGGGCUGGGAAGAGCAUCGUAAUACUCUCAACGACCCUCCAACUCUAAAAAUAUUUACUAAAUUCAUUUCAAAUAAAGCCGAUUUAUUGGAAACGUUAGAGGAUGCGCGUCGAAUCAAAUCUAAAAAUGAACAUUUUAAGCUUAAAGCACUAACACAGCUAACUACCAUUAACAAAAAUAAAACAGUUGCGUGUCCAUUAUGUAAUCAGGAACACUUCCUGUACGCGUGCGAGUCUUUUAGAAGUUUAUCGAUUGAAACACGUAUUAGGAAAGCAAAAGAGCUUAGAGUGUGCCUUAACUGUCUGAGGCCUGGACACACUGAUUCUCAAUGUAAGCUUAGCCAUUGCAAAUACUGCAAGUUAAAACACAACACGCUUCUUCAUUAUACGAAGCAAACAGCCGCAGUUGAAACCGUUGUCGUGUCAGCCACGGCUACUGAUACUUCAUCACACGUUUUACUCUCUACGGCGUUAGUUCAGGUUUUAGACUCUAAGGGGCAAACGCACACUGCACGUCUUCUUUUAGACAACGGGAGUACUGCUAACUUUAUUACGGAGGAUCUCUGUCAUAGGCUUAAUUUGAGAACGAAGCGUGUGGAUUACAUAGCAUGUGGUAUCAGCAAUAAAACCUCCGCGUGUAAUGAAUCGUGUUUGAUAAGCAUACGUUCAUUAGAUGGCAACCACAACUUUAACAUCAAUUGCUAUCUCUUGAAUAAAAUUACGAACUCUUUACCCUUAGCAUAUUUAGAAAAUAAAAACAUAAAUAUACCAUCGGGAGUAUCUUUAGCGGAUCCAACUUACCAUAUUCCAUCCUCCAUUGACAUAUUGGUCGGAGCAGAUGUUUUCUGGAAUGUCAUAGGUACAAACCGUAUUCAACUAGGCAAAAAUAAACCUGUUCUUUUCGAAACCAAACUUGGCUGGGUAAUUUCUGGUUCCCUCUUAAACAAGACUAACUCUAAAGAUUUACAUUGCUUAUUAAGUUGCGAUUCUUCAAAGAUCAGCACAGAUCUUACUAAAUUUUGGGAGCUAGACUCUAUACCAUCUUCAACAAUCAACGAUUUAAAUAGUCAUCCGUGUGAAAAGGUGUUCACUGAAACUACAACGCGCGCUGAAGACGGACGCUUUAACGUGACCUUACCUUUCCAUGAAUCACCAAAAUGUUUAGGAGACUCGUACUAUAUGGCCAAGCACCGGUUCCUUUCACUCGAAAGGAGACUAAAAUCAAACAAGACACUUAGAAUGCUAUACGGUAGCUUCAUGCGCGAGUAUCUCGAUCUUGGUCACAUGAGUGAAAAUAUCCACAAUACUAACAAUAACGUGGUUCAGUAUUUCCUUCCUCAUCAUGGUAUUUUAAAGGAAUCGAGUACAACUACAAAAUUGCGAGCAGUCUUCGAUGCAUCUGCUCGUACAUCGACAGGUAAAUCACUAAAUGAUAUUCAGAUAGUAGGCCCCACGAUACAAGAUGAUUUAUUUUCAAUUUUAAUACGAUUUCGACAACAUCUGUAUGUGGUCACGGCCGAUAUAGAAAAAAUGUAUCGACAAAUUUCAUUAGACAGUUCUCAACGCCCUUUACAACAAAUUUUAUGGCGAUUUAAUCCUUCACAACCGAUAAAGACGUACACACUAAACACAUUAACUUAUGGCAUGGCCUCAGCUUCUUUUAUAGCAACCCGAUGUCUUAAACAGCUAGGCAAUGAAGCUCACGAUGACGAUGUUAAGCGCGCUAUAUGUCAUGACUUUUAUGUUGAUGACUACUUAGGUGGAAGUCACACCAUUCACAGCACCAUAGAAUUGUGCAGAAAGAUUAAGGUUGCCCUCCAGUCUGGACAAUUUAAUCUUCGUAAAUGGCAUUCCAAUAGUUCUGAAAUUCUCAGAGCUAUUAGUGAUACUUCGAAUGAUAACGCAGAUUGCGUAGAUCUGAGUUCCAACGAACACUCGAAGACUUUAGGUCUUAAUUGGAAAUGUCGCGCUGACAAUUUAUACUUUUCGAUAAAUUUGUCACCUUCACUCAUUAUAACAAAGCGGUAUAUCUUGGCUACCGUAGCCCAAAUAUUUGACCCGCUUGGCUUAGUUUCGCCUUGCAUUGUAGAAGCUAAGCUUUUGCUGCAAGAUCUCUGGAAACAUAAAUGCUCAUGGGACGACGAGAUCAUGGAACCUUUAAAGAAGACAUGGCUUAACUUUGUUAAAACCUUACCUCAUCUCAAUGAUAUUCUAAUUCCACGCUGCGUUAUUUUUCAGCCGAUUGGAAUACAGCUUCAUGUUUUCACGGACGCAUCGGAGAGAGCCUACGGCGCAUGUGUUUAUGUUCGAAGUGAGACGUCAGAAGGAUCCAUAAAAACCAUUCUUUUAGCAUCAAAAAGCAAAGUAGCUCCUAUAAAAACUACUACGAUUCCAAGACUGGAACUUUGUGCCGCCAUGCUUGGUUCCAAAUUAUGUGAAAAGAUCACCACGACUUUAACAUUAAAAGUAGAAAGGUGUUCAUUUUGGUCGGACUCAACGAUAGUUCUCGGUUGGAUUGCCUCUUCUGCAAUUCAUUUGAAAAAAUUCGUAGCUCAUCGUGUGUCUGAGAUACAGAAAAUCUGCGCUGGACACGAAUGGCGGUAUGUCCCUUCAAAGGAAAAUCCAGCAGACUUGGUAUCUAGAGGAUUGAACGCUAGUCUGUUACGUAAUUCCGCUUUAUGGUGGUCGGGACCUUCUUUUUUAGCCCGGGACCCAUCACACUGGCCAACUAACCCAAAUUAUACUGAUCAUCUUCCAGAAACUGUUCAUGCUUUACACAUAAAUCAAGGCUCUUCAAAAAAUUGUAUAUUGUCAAAUCUAAUUCAGAACACAUCUAGAUUUUCUAGGUUAAUUCGCGUGACAUCUUAUAUCUAUCGUUUUAUAUCUAAUUGUAAUCAUAAACAUUUUCAAAAAGGGAGACUAACUGACUUAGAAUUAAGAAAUGCAACAAACCAUUUAUUAUUUGUAGCUCAGGAAGAAUCGUUUUCUGCAGAGCGUUCUCUUUUAAUCGCUGGUAGGCCUUUACCGAUUAAAAAUAAACUUAUUUCUUUGUCACCUUUCCUCGAUGGCGAUGGGUUGAUGAGAGUUGGCGGUAGACUCAACAAUUCAGAUUACGAAUUUAAUAUUAAGCACCCAAUUCUUCUCCACGCUAACCAUCGUUUAACUAAUCUUAUAUUUGAAAUGUUACAUCUUAAACAUUUACAUUGUGGUCCUAAACUCUUAUUAGCAAUCACUAGGCACAACUAUUGGCCCAUUGGUGGCAAUAAUUUAGCUAAAAAGGUUGUGCGAAACUGUGUGACGUGUUGCAGAUUUAAGGCUACUACUGUUCAGCCACCCAUGGGGGAUUUACCACGUCAACGUGUGCACCUGGAAUAUCCCUUUCUUCAAACUGGCGUUGAUUACGCUGGCCCAGUGUUGGUAGCAAACCGGAAAGGUAGAGGUUCUAAACUAAUAAAAUCAUACAUCUGCGUGUUCGUAUGUUUGGCAACGAAGGCCGUACAUUUGGAGCUUGUCUCAGACCUGUCCAAGGAUGCAUUCAUUGCUGCUUUGAAUAGAUUUACUGCGCGACGCGGGAAGCCACAAUCAAUUCUGUCUGAUAAUGGUACCACCUUUGUUGGAACGUUCAAUGAAUUAUCCAAACUUCUUAGUCGUACCCUUCCUUCCGAUUUGGCAGAGCAAGAGAUUAAAUUUUCUUUUAUACCGGCAUACACACCACAUUUUGGCGGACUUUGGGAGUCAGCCGUUAGGUCUACGAAAUAUCACUUGCGUAGAAUUUUAGGGCUAACACAUCUCACAUUUGAAGAAAUGACGACUUUAUUAACUCAAAUUGAAGCCAUUUUAAAUUCAAGGCCUCUCAUUCCUCUGUCAGAUGAUCCUUCGGACUAUUAUCCUCUCACUCCAGCUCAUUUCCUAAUAGGACGAUCUUUACUCUUUGUACCUCAGCCUGAUUUAACAAAUCAUUCAACUUUAACCUCUCUUAAGAGAUUCCAGCGUAUCGAGUACCUUAAGCAGCAUUUUUGGCAGCGAUUCUCCAAUGAGUACGUCGUGUGGCUACAACAAAAAAUUAAAUGGCCGACUCAAAAGGGAGACUUAAAAGAAGGUAUGAUGGUUGUCAUCAAGGAGAAGGGACUACCACCUCUUAUGUGGCUGCUCGGACGCAUUAUUCGCCUUUGUCCUGGACGAGAUGGAAUUACACGUGUGGCAGAUAUCUUAACCAAGAAAGGUGUUAUACGACGCGCUUACAACAACAUAUGCCCGCUACCAGUCAAUAUUUGA